AUGUCAUCAAUUAGCAAAAUCCAGGCGGCCCUCACGGCGGCCACUAAUGAAGUGACGGUUGCGGCCGCAAAUUUGAACUUCGAUUUCACGCUCAUCAAAUGCGAGGCACCGAAAGAAUUCCAUCCAUUAGGCACCGCCUUGACUCAAAGGCGUAGGGAAGACGCAGAGUAUGGAUCGACUCAUAUCACCGCUCGACGACUCGGCGCGUUGUUCGAAGGGCUACUCCCACCCACUCCGGCCCUUCUACGAGCGUAUGGGAAUAGAGUCUCUGAGAUAGCUCAAAGCUCCCGGCAAAACGGCUCAGCGGAGCCGCAGAACAGCAUGUUCGCGGCGCAUGCUGGAAUCGACGGAACAUCGAUCUGGGCGGCAGCGACGUCGUCAUCCACUGCAUUACAUGUUCAGCUCCUGGCCUGUAUGCUAGCCCGUCACUGGCCAGCUAGCGAGGCGACCUCUAUCUGGGUAGAGUUAGUUCGGGGAAGGAGGCAGGAGUUAGAGGAGGCGUGGACUCAGAAUCACGCGGUUCCUUACGCAUCUUUGGUUGCGGCAACCCAACCUCAGAUAUCUCGCGUGAGCCUGGCCGAAUGGGAUGCAAGCGCUCGCUCGUGGCUUCGGACCGCUGACCGCGUCAAGUUCAAACAACAGAAUCAGCUUAUGCUUCUCGUCACGAAUGUCAGUGUUCCUGUUAACGAGCAUAUGAUGGUCUAUCAGAGUGUCAUCCCGGCUUGGAAGUCCGCCUUAGAGUCGACGGAGAAACUCGUGAGUGGGAUGCCCCAGGCCAUCAGCCACGGCUCAUGUCUUUUGGCAAUUAGUUCUUGGCACCUAUAUCCCGAUAUAAUCGUUACGGAUCCUACUACAGUGUUUCACAAAUUCGAGGAUCCUUUGGUACGACCUGGUGGGACACUAACCCUUGGCCUUGCCCGCCCUGGUGGGGAAACGCUCGGAGGGGUGUUCUGGUCCCUCUCACUUGCUCAUCUCAACUUCUAUGGACGACGCCCUGUACAGAAAGAGGCGUCCUUGAAUCUACAUUCGCAAAGUUUGUCAUUCCAGCAGUUCACGGUGUCGGUCUUUGGGGCAUUUCUAGCGCGUUGGGGUGCCUUCGGAACAGAUGCUGAAGCUCCAGCACGGUUCCUCACGAAGCUGAGAGACGACAUUUACGCGAUAGCAAACGGUCAGCACUCCAGCUCUGCCCUAAGAGAGUCCUGCAUGAGGGUGGCCAGUGAUAGUGCGCAGCCGAUAAACCUUCUUGCCAGAGCUGCCGAUACGCUCCUCGAUGCUCGGAAAUUCGAAGAUCACCUCGACCUGAAGUUGAUUGCUCUUGGCGGUAAGAAAGCAGAGAAACUCUUGCCUCAGGCACUUCCGUCUAACUUCAUGGGCUUUGGUGAUCCCAGAAUUCUUCUUAGACUUCUGAAAGGCCCGGACGAGAGGAUCGCCUUGCUCCGCCGGAUACUUAGCGACAGUGACCUGAUAACUCAAAAUCAAGGGACUUUUGUAAUUCGCUUCUUUGAGGACAUCAAACCCCAAACCUUAGUAUACGCAUGGGCACCUGAUCGUCUGGCAGGUCUCGCGACCGGUCAGGUUCUACGAGAAGCACUUCCUCAAGGCGGUUUUUCCAACCCCCCACACGUGCGGUGGGCUCCAAGAGCCAUCCUUCAAAGGAAGAACUUCCACAAGGACGUGGUACAUGAGUUGUCGGAGGACGCAGCAUUGCCGCUAGCGUCAAAGGAAUUUGAAGUCCUCCUUGAAAACAAGUCCGAGGGCGAUGGUAAUGCUGUGCUUCAAACAUAUCACUAUGUCUACGGUGACCCUGGCUCUGCUGCGAUCUAUUCAAAUGCACCCGACAUCCAAUCUGUUAAGUCCGGGAAAAUCAGACCGCCUACUUUCCAGGACCUCAUCUGGUGCCUGGAAUUUGAUCUGUUUGACAUGGGAGCCAUGAUUUCGUUUUUUGGCCUCAACGAAGGUGCGGCAGUCGGACUUGAGACCAGGCCUGAAGGCCGGACACUCAAGGCUUUGAGCAGUGCACACCGAAUCUACCGAUCACUCCCAACUGCCACAGUGUCCACUCGGGCUCUCAACAGUCCUCUGUAUUCUCCUCGAUGGUCGCCACAAAGCCGAAGAAUUGCAGCGAUAGACAAUCCACACUCAUUUGAUAUACCCAGUAGCCGCCAAACGCCGGAUGCUCAACUAUCACGGGACGUGGCCUUCUCAUGUAUAGCAUGGCUAGAAGCCGGAAUUGAUAUCGAUCCUCGUGAUCUGACGAGAGUGUUCGCUCUCGCAUAUGAAGACAGUAUUUACGUUUCCAUGAAUCUUACUUGUGACCCUUGGGAGUCACCAAAUAGUCAUGAACUCAAACGGGUAGCGGGAAAUGUUGGCAAGCCAGGAGUCACGCUUCUUGUGCCACCAGACGAUCCCGUGGUGCCUGCGUCCGAGGAGUCCUCAUGGAGAGUAAUAGGCACCUCUGAGUUCGACGGCCUUGCGGAAGAUGGAUUUUCCCAGACAUCGAUGCACUUGUCGUUCACAGAAUACUAUGUUCCGCUUGUGAAGUCCACCAAUGGCCAGGUCCAAAACAAUCAAGUGCACUAUCUUGAGUCCGUCGUAUCAAUACACCACGCCGGACAAUGGAUUGGAGAUGUCGACUUACAGAAGUGUUUAGCGAGCACCUGCCUUACCCGAGAGCCGCUACUUUCCUGCAGAGCGGGACACAGCAUGUUUAGUGUCAAAGGAAUAAGAUCAAUCGAGUCGUGGGAAGACGUCAUCGAGCCGCCACCUGGCGAUGGUGUCGUCCGGGCCCAUGGCAACUGGGUGGCACGACUCGCUACGACUGCUGUUUCAGUACAUGUCCGGGACGCGGCGGGAGGCGGAAUUUCCAGAGGAGUCGCUGUCUACUCCAAUGACAGCUGUUGGAAUUGCAUCUCUCAAAGUGGUAUCUUCAAAUCCACGGUGGGUUCCCAUAAGCAAUCGACGAGCUACAUACCUGGCAUUUCCAAUAUCAUGAUAUUCUAA